UGUAACACCAUGAUACAACAUAUUGAUGGCAAUAAGUUUAACAAGGUUUGUGGUCCAGCGACGUGCCAGCUGGAGCCUAUUGCGUUAAUCGCGCAUGACCGUAAUAUGAACGGUAUCAAGAAACACAAUGUGUGUUGUUAAUCGUUCGUUUCCAUACUCAUGCCAGCAGGAUCUUGUUGACCCAUUGCGUUAAUAACAAAUUGCUCAUGCAGCCAAAGUGCAGUCGCAAACCGGUACUAAUCCGAGUGAAGGUCCAACUAGGGCACUCUACCUGGCAUCUCUUGCUCAUCUUCUGCUAACAGUCGUCCAUGUCGACAUUCACCGUUCUUAUUUUGAUGUACGUCUGUCUUGCUGGUGUCGGAGUGUUUCUCGACUACAUAUUCGCCAAGAAGAACCCACAAUAUCCCCCUGGUCCUCGGGGCCUGCCUCUAGUUGGGAACAUUCGAGACAUACCUUUUGUCAAGCCCUGGCUCACCUUCGCUGAAUGGGGCAAGAAAUAUGGUGAUAUUUCGCAUGCCAGUGUUCUAGGUAUGCACAUCUUCGUGCUGAACUCCGCCAAAACUGCGGUGGAAAUGCUGGACAAGAAGAGUUCUAUAUACUCUGACCGUCCAGUUGUUCCUAUGAGUGGCGAACUUAUGGGCUAUGGGCAAACUUUGCCUUAUCUCCGUUACGGUGAACACUUUCGCUCGUUCCGCAAGAAUUUCCAUCGCGCCCUUGGUAGUCGCGCUGCUUUGGUUGUCUACCAGCCCAUAGAGGAGAUGGAGACCCGCAGAUUCCUGAAGCGUGUACUAGCGAAACCUGACCAACUGCAAGCACACAUUCGACACACCACUGGCGCUAUCAUUCUGCGCAUCUGUUAUGGUUAUGAAGUCAAGGAGAAUAAUGAUCCUCUCGUUGACAUUGCAGAACGUACUUUAGACGAAUUCUCGCGGCACGCUUACAUCGGUGAAUUUAUGGUUGACUUCCUGCCAUCCUUGGCAAAGGUCCCAGAGUGGUUCCCUGGUGCUGGCUUCAAACGCAUAGCCCGUGAGUGCAGAGUGACCGUCGAAGAGAUGGCUGCUAUACCCUACAAGUUUGUCAAAGAUCAGAUGGUUGCUGGCAUUGCCUCCAAGUCUUUUUCUUCAGAUCUGCUAAAGGACCGUAUUUUGACUGCGGAAGAGGAUCACAUUGUGAAGUGGUCUGCUCUAUCACUAUUCAGCGCUGGUGCCGACACGACUGUUUCUGCGAUCUACUCAUUUUUCCUGGCUAUGACACUUUUCCCUGAUGUGCAGAAGAAGGCUCAGGCUGAAAUUGAUGCUGUUGUUGGCCCUGAUCGUCUUCCCUCCUUCGCCGAUCGCACCUCCCUCCCCUACAUCGAGGCGCUUGUUAAGGAGGUCCUCCGCUGGAAUGUUGUCAUACCUACUGUUGAUCACAGCGUAACUGAGGAUGACAUCCACGAUGGGUAUCACAUUCCAAAAGGCUCCGUGAUAAUCCCUAACAUAUGGUUCAUGCUCAAUGAUCCGCAGACAUACGUCAACCCCUCGGAAUUCAAUCCUGAGCGCUUUUUGGCCAAGGAUGGAAAAGAGCCUGAGACCGAUCCUCGCACAUUGUGCUUCGGUUUUGGUAGACGGCUCUGCCCAGGUCUGCAUCUCGCUGAUGCAUCCAUCUGGUUAACUGCCGCAAUGUCACUUGCAGUGUUCGGCGUUUCCAAGGUUGUCGAGAAUGGCGUUGAAAUCACCCCUGAAAUUGACCCCUCAUCCGGGUUGAUCAGCCAUCCCAAGCCUUUCAAGUGCUCGAUCGAGGCUCGCUCUGAAAAAGCCUCUACACUAAUUCAACAAGAUACUUAAGUACUAAGUAUUGCUAACUGGCGGUUGUUUCACACAGUAGCAUUCUCACCUUUAUGUUUGCAAGGCUCGAGGCUACAUCACAAUGUAUUCUACGAUUUAUUAUGUUUGAUCACACGAGGGAACUCGCGGGGUGAAUGAUGCAUGAAUGCUCUCUUCCUCUGCAAUUGAUUGUGAG